AUGUAUUCAGACCAUAUUCAGAAUCCUAACGACAAUGGGGAACUUUACUCUAAUAUUCAGGUGAUUUACUGUGAACUCACAGAAGCUGAAAAAGACUUCUAUGAGGCCCUCUUUAAAAGAUCAAAGGUGAAGUUUGAUCAAUUUGUGGAGCAAGGACGGGUUCUUCAUAAUUAUGCAUCCAUAUUGGAGUUACUUUUACGUCUUCGCCAAUGUUGUGAUCAUCCAUUUCUUGUGAUGAGUCGAGGUGAUACACAAGAAUUUUCUGACCUGAAUAAGCUAGCUGGGCGUUUCCUUAAAGGCAGCCAGAAUUCUUUGGAAGGGGAAGCCAAAGAUCUGCCUUCACGGGCUUAUGUUCAAGAAGGUGUAGAAGAAAUGCGUAAGGGGGAAAAUGUAGAGUGUCCAAUAUGUCUUGAAGCCUUUGAAGAUGCAGUGCUCAAAGAGCAUUGUCUUCAGCUCCCUCUUUCUCGGUAA